AUACGUCACGCUGACGUCAUGUAGGCAGGAAAAAUGCUCUCCAACUCAACAGCAGAACGAAACCAGCGGGUUUAAAGCAGUAUUUUUGCUCCGUGAAACUUAUUUUAAAGUGAAUGUAGAUUUUAUUUUAGCCCAGAAGUGAAAUGCAAACAUAAACCACUGGAUAAGAGUGCUUUUAAGUCUAAAUACACUGUUAAAACAGCUUACGGUACCUGCUAAUAGCAGCUAGGCUAACUUAGCAAACUAACCGGCGGACUGUUUUUACGGUCAGAUGUCAGGUAUGAAUUCGCGUUGAAUGUAGCCUGUCGGUGUGAAUGAUUGUUGACAUAGAUGAUUACCUAGUAAGUCGAGGAAAAACGACACACCUGCUUCAUUCAUUCGUCAAGCUAACGGUUGCGUUACUACUUAAGCUAACAGCUAGCUGCUUCGGCGUCAGGUAACGCAGCCUACAGGUGCGUCCGGACCACUCCGGGAGAUGGCUGAUAAUCAAACUGCAAGUUUUAACUGCAAGACUAACGGGGACAACAACCCACGACACGGGUCCGGUCCUGGCCGUCCGUGUCGCUACGAGUCAGAGUCAGAGUCUGACAGUAACCCGGCGGUGAAGAGCUUAGCUCGGCUCUGCAGCAGGGACGGAGAGGAACGAGCAGCGGCUCUGGAGGAGCUGAGCCAAGCAGUUCUCGGUUGUUUAGGUCUGGACCGGCCUGGUUCGACACGGCUCAGUAAACAAACACUUCUGCACCUGCUUCGUUUGUCUCGGUCGUGUCCGCUGCAGGAGAUACGGGGGAAAUCAACCGAGCUGCUCCGGAUCGCACAGGAACACGGACUUGAAGUCCCUCGGGCUCUGGCCUCGGGUCCAAGUGCCUUCAUCCAUGCAAAGGAGAUGCUGAAAGAGGGGCCAGACCAGCACAUCCUCAUUGAAUCUUUCCUGUCGUCGGGUCGCGUGGACCACAUCACCAUGGUGAUGGCACUGCACCCCGCUUACCUCAGCUGUUUCCUGAGGACCCAGCAUGCUUUGUUUGAGCUGGACGGCCCCUUGCCCCGUCACUGGAGACAUUAUAUCGCUGUUAUGGCUGCAGCACGACACCACUGCUCAUACCUGGUACAGCAUCACAGCGCGGGCUUCCUGGAGGCCGGAGGAGAGGAGAGCUGGCUGAGUGACCUCCAACAUGCUCCAACCAAACUCCGCAGCCUGCAGAUGCUCAACAAGCUGCUGGCACACAGACCCUGGCUCGUCACACAGCAGCACAUCCAGGAGCUGGUGUGUCCUGGGGCAGAUCCUCGCUGGUCACUGGCUGAACUCAUCCACGCUGUGGUUCUGAUGGCACACGCUCACUCGCUCUGUUCGUUUGUGUGGGGCUGUGGAUUAAACCCUGAACCUGACCACAUAGGAGGUUACACUUUUCAACCUCCAUCACCCGGGCACCUUCCUCGAAGCCCUCACAGCCCCGCUCACGAGGAUGGGAGGCAGGAGCUUGUUGAUGGAGCGAUGGAAGUGGAGGUGUUGAUGAAGAGGAUGGUGGAGCUGCAGCAGCAGCAGGAGGAAGAGGAGUGCACGCAGGAGGAGAUGGUUACUCGCUUUGAGAGGGAGAGGAGCGAGAGCAUACCAACUGCGGUGGUGAGGGGAGCACCACCUGACCUGGUGCUGCACCUGGUGGAGGAUCCAGAGUUCAGAUAUGAGGACUUUGCUCCCAGAGGAGAGCAGGCCCCGCCCACCAUGAGAGCACAGGACUACUCGUGGGAGGAUCACGGCUACUCGCUGGUGAACAGGCUUCUGCCAGACAUGGGUCAGCUGCUCGACGAAAAAUUCCAGGUGGUGAGUAACUUGACCUACCACAGGAUGGCCAUGCAUGAAGGUGUGGACACCCACACUCUGAGGAAAGCUCUGUGGAACUACAUCCACUGUCUGUACGGGAUUCGCUAUGACGAUUACGACUACGGCGGUGUGAACGUGCUGUUAGAGCGCUCUCUGAAGGUGUUUGUAAAAACCAUGGCCUGUCACCCUGAGCAGACCACGGCACGCAUUUACCACGCUUUCUGGAGACACUUCAGACACUCUGAAAAGGUUCAUGCAAACCUCAUAGUGAUGGAAGCCCGCCUACAAGCAGCCCUUCUUUACACCUUGCGAGCGAUCACUCACUACAUGAGAUGACGCCCUCACUCCCACGUUUCUGCAGAUGCUGAGCCAGCUGUGAUGUAGCACCACAGCCCAACGCACGGAAAGACAAUCUUGCACGCACACACACUACAGUGAAUGUUUCUAAAUGCAUAUCUUAUUUUUCAGUGUUAAUGUUUCUCAAUGCUGCUUUGCACCCAGAUAUCUGAGAUUUAGUUUGUUACUUAUUUUGCACUGAAGUUUAUCAGGUUGUUUUUUUCACUUGAGCCUCGUGUUUUCCUUUCAUGUGUCAUCAGUAACCUUGACAUAUCCAAAUACAUGCCAGAUGUACUGGCAAAUAAA